AUGGCUUCCAUCUUCUCGACUUUGCACAAGCCAUCUACGUCCGAGAGACCGCCGUAUUUGGUACAUGCCCCUUCACUCUUGAAGCCAUGCAAUGACGUCCCAGAUGAGAUGCAUACGUCGAUUGUGACGCUUGGUGCUCAACUCGGCCUACAUACCGAUCAUUGGGGGAUCAAUCUCGAGUCUCUCUCUCAUGGGACUAGGUCGUCUAUUCCUCAUGCGCAUAGUGCCCGAGACGAAUUUGUGUAUGUUGUAUCUGGGUCCGGGCUUGUUUGGCUCGAUGGAGAAACAUAUGAUCUCGAGCCAGGAGACUGCGUUGGAUUUCCAGCAGGCACUGGAGAGGCGCAUGCAUUGAUUAAAGAUGGGUACCAGAUGGUGGAUGGGAAGAUGACUACGAAGAGCGGGUCAAAGGAGGCCCAUUGGUCUUGCUUGUGGUAG